AUGCUCACUUCCGUGGGAAGGGCCGCCGCUCGUCGCGUCCAGACAUCCCGCAUUUCUGCUCCCACCUCCGUUUCCGCCCAAUUGAUCGGCCGCCAGAACGCUGUUGCCGCCGCGCUUCCUAUUCGAAGUUUCACUGCCUCAACAUGGUCGUCCUCUCCUACCGCGAGUGAUAAGAAACCCGCCAAGAAGACCACUGCCACCACCACUAAGAAGGCUGCUGGCACAACCACUGCCACCAAGUCCAAGGCCAAGGCCACUGAGACCAAGUCGAAGGAUAAGGCUGUCAAGGCUAAGGCUAAGCCCAAGCCCAAGGCUGUUGAGGAAAAGCCCAAGAAGCCUAAGAAGGAGGUCGACCCCGAGAAGCUCAAGAAACUUGAGAUCAAGGAAGUCAAGAAGUGGACUCUCAAAGACAAGCUUCCUACUCUGCCAGCUUCUUCAUGGAUCCUCUUCAUGUCCGAGAACAGAGGAAGCAGCCUGGGCGCUGGUGGAAUCACCCAGCAGACCGCUGCAAUGGCAGAGAAGUUCCGUCAACUGAGCCAGUCUGAGCUCGAUGACCUUACCGCCAGAGCCUCUGCCAACCGUGAGAAGAACAUAGAGAACUACAAGGCUUGGGUUGAGGCACACGAGCCUGCGCGCAUCUUCAUCGCCAACAAGUCCCGCCGUCGCUUGGCAUUCCUGACUGGCAAGCCCGAGAAGCCCAUCAACGAUGAGCGUCUGCCUGCCCGCCCACGAGGCUCCUACGCCGUGUUCGUAUCCGAGAACCACUCGCGCUUUGCCAACUCUGGCAAUGUCGAGGUGUUCAAGAUGCUUGCCGAGGAGUGGAAGCAAGUCAACGCAGCUGAGAAGGCUCGUUACGAAGAGAAGGCCGCAGAGGGCUCCGUCAAGUACAAGGCCGAGAUGGAAAAGAUUGAGGCCCGCGCAGAAGCCAUCCAGGCGGCUGGUCUGCCUAAUUAA